UAUUUUGUCUUUGACAAAUAGAAGCAAAAUUAGAUAAUGUUUCAAGCACUCUUUAAAUGAUAUAUUCUUUCUUAUAUUCACCUUUUCAUGAGCACAGAAUCCAGGAUAGACUCAUACAAACCACCCGUAGAGCCCAAAAUCUUGACUUCUCUUCCACUGAAGCUACCUUCUUCGACCCCAAUACACUCUCGACCCCAACCCGACCUUGGGCCACAUCAUCCGAAGCCUCCCCCUCCAUCCUCUGUGGAUCCUCAACCCCAACCAGACCUUGGGCCACAUCAUCCGAAGCCUCCCCCUCCAUCCUCUGUGGAUCCUCAACCCCAACCAGCCCUGGGGCCACAUCAUCCGAAGCCUCUCCCGCCACCCCCCGAGGAACCCCAACCCCAACCAGACCUUAGGCCACAUCAUUGGAAGCCUUCCCCUCCAACCCCUGAGGAUCCUCAACCAAAAUUGGACUUUGGGCCACAUCAUCUGAAGACUCCCCCUCAAAACCCAGAAGAUCCUCAACCACAACCGUACCUUGGACCUUCUGAGUUCUCACCAAUCAGAGAUAAGAGGUUCCUCCUUUCUUCCGCCCAACAUAACAUUAUUGGAAACCAAACACAUGUACCCUUUGAUCAGAAAAUCCUGCAGCUCUACAAGGAAUAUAAAGCUGGCACCAAGAACUCACUAGGCCUCGGAAAACUGUCUACAAUAACUGAGCAUCUUCUUGCUUCUACGUCCUCCAUCGCUCAGGCUAAUUCUGGUGCGCUGAAGUCUGAUCAGCAGAAGAACCUGCACAAUCCUCUCCAAGCUUUCUGUUUCAAGCUUUCCAUAAAAGAGCUUCCCGUAAAAACUUCCAAUAAACAACUAAGAAAGCAUGAAGAAAAACUGAAGCUUCAUGAACAGAUCACACAUCCACUCCAACAUCCCAGUGAACAGAGAACAUCCACUUUCAUAACCAACCACGUGACUUCAAUGAACUCAGAGCCUCCAGAGAAUUCUCCUGUGCUCUCUAUGAAGGAGGUUCUUUCAAAGCAAGGUCUCUGUCACCAAGACUACAUAGCUCAAUCUUCAUAUUCAUUCAAUGUAUACAUGUGGGGAAAAAAUUGUUGGAAGGGUUUGAGGACAGUUUUUCUGGACCCACUGGAGGGAAGGGAAGCCAGGGAGAACCAGAACUGAGAAGGGCUGACCUGCUGCAGUAGAAUGAGAGCUUUUCUGGAGGGACCCUGGUGAUCAGAGACACUAAAAUGUUUGCAAUUCAAUCUGGGACACUUGAACUAGCAAACCUGGCAAAAAGGGGAAUAUUGGAUGUUUUGGAAAGAAAUUCGAUAAUGCUUCUUAUUCUUGUGUUUUUAAAUGCCCACUCGUUAUAAUCUGUGUCUUACAUGUACCUUUCCAUACUCACAGAACCCAGGAUAGCCUCAUAUAUACUACCCAAAGUGACCCCUCGUCCUCUGAAGCUUCAAUCUCCAACGCUAGUUCACCCUCAACCCCAAGCGGACCUUGGGCUACGUCAUCUGAUAGCUGGCACCACAACCGCAGAGGAUCCUCAGCCCCACUCGGAACCUGGACCACGUCAUCUGAAAGCUCGCCCUUCAACAUCAGAGGAUCCUCAUUCCCCACUGCACCUUGGACCAAGUCAUCUGAAGGCUCCCUCUAAAGCCCCAAAGGAUCCUCGUCCCCAACCGGACCUUGGGCCACGUCAUCUAAAACCUACAACCCUAGAGGAUCCUCAUUCCCAACUGCACUUUGGGCCAUGUGAUCUGCAAGCUAGUCCUACAGCCCCAGAGGUUCCUCAUCCCCAACCGGACCUUGGGCCACGUGAUCUAAAGGCUCUCCCUACAAACCCAGCAGGUCCUCAACCGGACCUUGUACAGUCUGACUUCUCACCGAUCUUCUCCUCUGCACAAUACAACAUCCUUGAAAAAGUACCCCUUGAUCGAAAGGUCAUGGAGCUCUACAAGAAGUAUAAAGCUGUUAACAAGAACUCGGCAGGCCUUCGAAAACACUCCACCAUCACUGUGCGUCUUCUUGCUUCUUCGCCCUCCACCGUUCAGUCUAAUUCUCGGGGACUUAAGUUUGAUCUGAGGAGGAACCUGCACAAUCCUCUCCCAGGCCUCUGCUUUCCACCUUCCACCAGAGAGCUUCCCGUCAAGCCUUCCGAUGGCAGACAGCUCGCCACGGUCAUCCCGCUGAUCUUACCUGCCGAGGCAGCAGCCUACCAGAGGGUGGUGCAGAACAUUCGGAUGACAGACGCCCCCGAGCCUCCGCUGCUUCGGUUCCACCAGGUGAUCCCUCUGAACGCCCAACAGAACUUCUUCACUCUGAAUGCUUGUGGUAAGACUCAGUACGGGAGGCUGCAGUUCGACUGGGUGAGGGGAUGAGGUGAAGACGUCGACUUGGUGCAACGUUGCUGGAUCUUGAACCGUUUCGUUAUGAGGUCAUUUAGUUGAACAAUAAAGUAGUUUGUUGCAUCAUAUUUUAG